AUGUUUGUCUGUCAACCAUUUUAUUGUGGAAACGACAGAACAAAACGAGAGAACGGAUUUAUUUCAAGUGAUGAGCUUGAUGUUAUAAAUACUCGAUUUGGAGUUUAUCAAGUCGGUUCGAUUGACAAUGAUAUAAAAACCAUUGGUUCUAAACUUUUAUGCCAAAGUUAUGAUAUUAUGAAGAAGUUUUCUCGUACAACUGGUUCUUCAUCAUUUUUUAUUAAACGUGGCUCGAUCAAUAUUUUUGGUGCAUCAACAGGAAACAUGUUAUCAUCUGUAUGUCGACAAUAUAACAGUGAUAGUAUGUCCGAUGGUACUAUUAGCCGAUAUUUAUUUAUUACAACUUCCGUCCACAAAACUUCAAAUGAUAUACCAUCUGAAAUUCUAUCUAUACAACCAAACAUCGUACAUGUUUUAAUCGUACUUCGUAUAUUAGCACAAUAUAAGCCUAUCUUUGUAUUUGGUGAACAUCAAUCUCCAAUUAAUUUACCAAAAUUAAGUAAGUUUUCAUAUUUUCACUAUCCAAUUUCAACAACUGAACCAAUAUCAAACUUAAAACCACGUGUGGUUGUGGGCAUUAAAGAAACUGAUAUUGAACAAGAUGGAUCGAUAAUAUCUGCUUAUAAUGCUAUUCGUCGUGUUACUGAAGCUGCGUAUCAAAAAUCAUUACAGCGUGAUGCCAAGGGACGACCAAUUUAUACACUUUUACAACGAGCAUUCCAACGAAAGAAUAGCAACAAAUUAGCUCGUUUAGCUGGAUUAUGUCAAGCAUUAUCGUAUGCCAUUCGAUUAUGUUCUGAAUGUAUUAAUAUUGUUCGAUUUGGCGAUGGUCUUUAUCUUAAAGAAUAUAUUGAUGAUGAAUAA